AAACAGCCCCAGGGUGGCAUCCGUCGCUGAAAGGUAUCAGCUAACAACAUAAUUCCACAGUGCGCAGUUCAUCCACAGCAUGGUGAGUGGCUGUUCAGCAAGGUGUAUCACAGCAUUUUAGCAUCAUUCAUAAAAUAUUCAAGUCUGGCAUAUUUAUAUUGGGAGAACUGAUACAAUAAUGCAGCCAGAAGUUGUGGUCAAAAAAUUGUCUCCUGAUGAACUGAAGAGGCAUGGUUAUAUUUUGAAGUUGUGCAGUAAUACAUCAGAGAGACAGUAUGAAUUUAUAAAGGAAAAUUCUGUACCAGAAUCACAGAAACAAUUACACGAAAAUGAAGUUCCUUAUUUUCCCUCAUGGACAGAAGGAAGUAUUGUAUGGGGAAGAACACUAAAUUCUCCCUGGUGGCCUGCAGUUGUCUGUACACCUGCUGGCAUGCAAGAGAGUAAUAUUCCAGGAUGUGCUUGGCUGCAGUGGGCAUGUGAAUCAACCUUUGAUGUGGUCUGUAAUGUAAAUGUAAUGAACUUCAAAGAAGAAUACUCAAAAUGCUUUAAUGAUAAAUUUAAUCAAAAAGGGUAUAAAAAGGCUGUAUUAUCAAAUAUUAAGGCUAUAGCAAGAAAGUCUGGCAUUGAUGUGGAAAACUGGACAAGACAUCGACUUAUGAAGUGGGCCUCUAAUGGCUUUAAGCAUCAAGUUAAAGAUGGGGUGCAUUCAAGAUGUAUAUACAAUACUAGAAGUAAGAAAUUUUAUAAUAGUAAUGAUAAUAAAUGGUUUGGUGAUCUCAAAACUGACGUCAAAAACCACAAACUCUUCAGUUCCCAAACUCAAAAAUGUCAAUUUGACCAAGAGGAAAAAUGAAAGGAAGCCCAAAAGAACAUAAUGAAAAACAAAUGAGCAAGAAGGAGGGCAAAUACACACCUCUAAGUACUCAGCAUAAUCCUAAAGACAUUAUUCACAAAUGAUAAUAAUUAAUGUUAACUGAUAAAGAGACAGACAAAUAAUUUUGUGAAAAUUUAUCUGUA